AGAUGCAAUAAGCAAUUGAAUAGGGUACGAGCGAUAAUUGUGACGUACAAUGGAGGAAUGGAAUAGAACCGUGCGAAGGCUCCCAAGAUAUAAGCUAUAAACUACAGUGUAAUUUCUCAGUUAAAAUAUAAUAGAAUGUCUUCUGAUGAAGAUAAUGGUAUAAAACCGAAUCUAGUCAGUAAUAAAUAUAAAGAGGGAGAUGAAUUAUUAAUUGAAGUUGUUCGAUCUCAUCGUCAUAUAUGGGACAAGACACAUCGUCAUUACAGAGAUCCAGAUAUUGUCGAAAAUUCGUGGAUGGAUGUAGCAGAAAGUGUGAAUGAAACUGUGUCAGAAUGCCAAAAGCGAUGGAUGAGAUUGAAGCAAUAUUAUUCGAGGGAGAGACAGAGAAGGGCUGGAGAAGCCAAAAGAGGAUCAAAACUACUUUUACGAAAGCCCUGGCCCCUUUAUGAGAGCAUGGCUUUUAUGAAUAAACACAUAGGAAAAAGAAGAACUUAUCCAAGUAAAAAGCUGAAUAAUGAUGAAACUCCAGUGGAGAACGGUGAAAAUGAAAUCGAAGAACAUUUAGAAUGUGAGGAGGUGGAGACAAUGGAAUUCGAGGACCUCUCAGUACCUCAAUUUCAACGUGAAAAACGUUUGAGAUCAAGUACUCAAAAUUCCCUGGAUUCCCUUGAACAAUCUCUUCGUCAGGCCAGUGAAUCGAUUUCUGCGGCUGUUAAUAAAUUGCUGCAAUUUGAAUCGUGUGAUCAGGAUCAAGCCCUCGUGAACAUGAUCUUGUCGAUAUUGAGGGCCUGUGAUGACUCCAGGAAAAUGGAACUUCGUGAGAAAUUAAUGAACUUGUCGUUGGAGUACAUGCUUCCAGCAAGAUAACAUCCUCAAGAAAUUAAACAUGCUUAAACAAUUAUUGUGAAAAUCAUAAUUUCAUCAUCGAGAAAAAUGAGAAAGUAUUUGCAGUUGAAUAAACCAGCUUCCCUUUCUACUUAGGCUCUAGUGCAAUAUAUUCACAAAUUCAUAUUAA